AUGUGGUACGUCCGCCGCAUUCUGGACGUGUUCGGAUCCGGAAAGUCCAGCAACACUGAAGUUACGUCCACCAAAACUGACGCCACGUCCACCAAUAUACAAGAUGUCCAAAAAGGCCCAGACAGCGUGGAACUGCAAUCACUUCCACCGCCCUUCACCCCACUAGCAUUCGGCCUACCCCCUCCCCACAAAAUCCGCAUGACCGGCCAUGAACGCAUCGUCUGGGCUACCUACGAACGCCACCUUAUAACGGCACGAACUGUACAUGUCUCUGGUGUUUGGAAUGACGUGACUAACCACGCCAUCUAUGAGCUCUUCCGUCCCUGUGGGAAAAUUAUCCACUUCGAUGUUCUGUACACGCAAAACGAAAGCAAGAUUGCGAGAUUGGUGUUUGAAGACAGAGAUGCGAUUCGGAAGGCUUUGUUACUGAACAAGACGCAGCAGCUGGGCGGUGUUAUCACAGUCACUCGGGCAGGGCCGGAAACUGUUCCAAGUGACCAGACUCACGUACCGGAUUUUUCUAUAGCGUGGGAUAUGGGAGAGUGGCAAAAGUUCUGUGAGGAUCAGUGUCCAGAUCUCACACCUUUCCGACGUUGUCACACUACAUAA